UUCCGGUGCCUGACUUGCAGUGGUGAACAUGGAUGGUGCCAUACCUGUGUCCUCAAAGCCCAUCAAUCAUUACCAUUUCAUAAACUACAACUGUGGAAUGGAACAUGCUUUCAAGAUACAUCGCUUUCAGAGCUUGGGUAUAUUUGGCAUAUGGGUCAUGGGGAUCACCCAUGUCCAUUCUCUCAAGAUGUCACACAGGAAUGGGAGGAUGUUAAUGAGAAUAUAGAUGAGAGUGAAAAGUAUGCUGGAGUUGAGACAGUUGUAGGUCCAGCUCUGAGGACCACUGCCCUGACUAUCGUGCACUCCACAGGAGUAUUCAUACACAACGUGCAGUGGUGUCAUUGCCCUGAAUCCUCUGUCCAUCAACAGCACCUUCAUUUGCUCAAAGCACAGCUGUUUCCUGCCAGUACAACCCGUCCUCAAACUGCCUUUACCUUUGAGGUCCUGGACCAUUUCCUCAUAGAUGCCCUGGAAUGCAAAACUUCUGCCAUGAGCUUCUUUCAAAAGCUUUGUCAGUGA